AUGGAAAUUGAGGAGGAAAGGGAAGAACCCUACGCUUAUAUUCAUUGCCCAGAGAAGAUCAUGCCCCAGGAAAUGUUUGGGGGUAUAUACAUUUCCAAUGAUGCAUUGCUGGACUUGAGUCCCCACCAGAUUUUCAAGCCUGCCAGGGCUCUGGAGUCGAUGAAAUUCGGGCAGCCCUUGAAAAGAAACACUGCCCAAAAAAGUGGGAGGAUGUUGCACGAGACCGCAAUUGAGGAACCUGCCAGUCUAGAAGAACACCCCCAAGCGGGAAUUGGCGAAAUUGAUCAGGAGUCUGCUUUCAAUCCGCCUAAGGGGACACCAGUUUCCUCGAUUGACCACGGUACUCAGCCCGUCUUGUCUACCACGUCUCCUCAUAGGGGUGGCGAUCGAGGCCAAGAUGUCAAGGAGGGUGUGACGUUCGAUCAACGCCUUCGCUCCCAAGACGCCAUUAUUAACAAAGACUUCGACACGUCGUCGCCGAACCGUAUGACUCAGGGGUCACCCGCCGACACAUUGGGCAAGCUCAAGUUCCGGCCUUACCCACGAGAGGUCGUGAAGGUAUGCCAGUAA